GUAGCAUAGGCUGUGUGUAUAUUAGUUGGUGAGCGGAGCGGCUGCUGCGGGCUGAUAAAGCCCCGCAGGCUGGGCUGUAAUCCGCUUUAUGCGGGACCCAGAUGCGGACAGAGCCCCCGCACGCACGGAGAGGAGGGGGCGGAGCCGCGCGCCCUGCCGCCGCGCUCAGCUUCACUCAGCCUGGACUCAGACCCGCAGACAUGCCGCCCCAGGACGACCAGCUCCCCCCGGUCCCGCCCCGGAGAGCCGGGAGCCCGGGCCCGGGCCCGCCGCCGCCGCAGCGCGCGCUGAAGUGCGUGCUGGUGGGAGACGGAGCCGUGGGCAAGACCAGCCUGAUAGUGAGCUACACCACCAACGGGUACCCAGCCCAGUACAUCCCCACCGCCAUAGACCACUUCUCAGCGAGGGUGGUGGUGGAUGGGAGACCGGUACAGCUUCAGCUGUGUGACAUGGCAGGACAGGUGGAGUUUGAGCGCCUCCGUCCACUCUGUUACCACAAUGCUGACGUCUUCCUGCUCUGCUACAGCAUCGUCCUUCCGACAACCUUCCGCAGUGUGGCAGAGCGGUGGGCUCCAGAGAUCCGUCGCCUGUGCCCGGGGGUCCCCGUUAUCCUAGUAGGGACGCAGUCAGAUCUGAGGGAGGACGUGCAGGUCCUCAUUAGGCUGGCGGCGGAGCAAGAGCGACCGGUUAGCGAGGAGGAGGCUGAGCUCUGUGCUCAGAACAUCGGGGCCAUGGCCUUCACAGAGUGUUCAGCACUAACCCAGAAGAACCUGAAGGAGGUGUUCGACACGGCCAUCGUGGCGAGCCUGCAGCAUGUGGAGGAGGUGCGUGAGGAGGGACUGAGGGGGAGGCUCACGCUGAGGGAGAAAACGCCUGAAAAACUCAAACAACUCUCAGAGACCUGGUGGAGGAAACUCAGCUGUUUUGUGUGAGAAUGUUCCACACAAGGACACUCUUGUGGAAGGGUUCACUGAAACUGAAGGUAACAAAUCCAACAAUGGUCAAGAAACUUUCCAGGAACUACACUCACUUAUCUACGAAUGGUUGAGAAGCUUUUCAGGAACUACACCCAUUUAUCUACCAAUGGUUGAGAAGCUUUUAAGGAACUAUAUUCAUCUAUCUUCCAAUGGUUAAGAAGCUUUCCAGGAACUACAUCCACUUAUUUACCAAUGGUCAAGAAACUUUGCAGGAACUACAUUCACUUAUCUAUCAAUAGUCGAGAAGCUUUUCAGGAACUGCAUCCACUCAUCCACCAACAGUUGAGAACCUUUCAGAAACUCCACCCACUUAUCCACCAAUGUUCCAGAAGCUGUUCAGGAACAAUUCUCAGAGACCUGGUGGAGGAAACUCAGAGGACGUUCCACACAGGGACAUGUGAGGCAUGUUUCUGCCAAAGUUCUAGAAGAGUUUACUGAAACUGAAGGUCACAAAUCCAACAAUGGUCGAGAAGCUUUUCAGGAGCUACGCCCACUUAUCUACAAUGAUUGAGAAGCUUUCCAGGAACUACACCCACUUAUCCACCAAUCUUCUAGAAGCUUUUCAGGAACUACACCCACUUAUCCACUAAAGGUUCCAGAGGAUUUUCAGGAACUACACCCACUUAUCCACCAAUGGUCGAGAAGCUUUCCAAGAACUACACCCACUUAUCCACUAAAGGUUCCAAAAGCUUUUCAGUAUCUACACCCACUUAUCCACCAACAGUUCAAGAGGCUUCGCGGGAACUGCACCCACUUAUCAACCAAAGGUUCCAGAAGCUUUUCAGGAACUCCACCCACUUAUCCACCAAUGAUUGAGAAGUUUUUUAGCAACUACACACACGUAUCCAACAAAGAGUACAGAAGCUUUUCAGGAACUACACCCACUUAUCUACCAAAGGUUCCAGAAGCUUUUCAGAAACUACACCAACCUAUGCGUCAAUAUUCCAGAAGCUUUUCAAGAACCACACCCACUUAUCCACCAAUGUUUGAGAAGCUUUUCAGCAACUACACACACUUAUCCACCUAAGGUUCUAGAAGCUUUUCAGAAACUACACACACUUAUCUACUAAAGGUUCCAGAAGCUUUUCAAUAACUACACCAACUUAUCCUCCAGUGGUCAAGAAGCUUUUCAGAAACUACACCCAUUUAUCCACUAAAGGUUACGAAAACUUUUUGGGAACUACACCAACUUAUCUACCAAUGGUCGAGAAGCUUUUCAGGAACUGCACCCACUUAUCUACCAAAGGUUCCUUAAGCUUUUCAGGAACUACACAUACUUAUCCACCAAUGGUCAAAAGCCUUUCCAGGAACUACACCCACUUAUCUACCAAUGAUUGAGAAGCUUUUUAGGAACUACACCCACUUAUCCACCAAAGGUUCCAGAAGCUUUUCAGGAACUCCACCCACUUGUUUACCGAUGUUUGAGAGGUUUUUCAGCAACUACAAACACUUAUCCAACAGUUCUGGAGCUACACUCCACCAAGGUUCCAGAUGUUUUAGAAGAACUGAAACUGUAACUAGGCUUGAGUUUGGACAGUUUGGUCAACUUUAACCUAGAAGUUAAAAUCAGUCCUGGUAAAAAAGAGUAAAAAAAAAAUCUUUACAGUAAGUUCAUAAACUGACCUGGUCAUGGACGUUUUAUGGGAUAUCUGGAAUGGCCUAGAUGAAUAUCCAAGUUCAAGAUUAUGGGUGGUGGAGAAGGAAAUGAAUCCACUUUGUACUAACAUAUUACUUACUAUAUAUAUAUAUAUAUAUAUAUAUAUAUAACUGUUUUAAAAUGUUUUUUUUACAAUACUAUUUAUACUAUAUCAUGUUAUUUAUUUUAUACCUGAUGAUAUUUAAGAAAGUAUUUAGUUUUGGAGACCCCUGCACUUAAAAAUGUGAAUUAAAUGAUAAAAUAGAGGAUUGAAUGAAAUUUUGUUAUUUACAUGACAUGGAUUUUUUUUAUUAACUAAAUAAAGAUUGAAACAAGC